AUGGGUGUAUUGAAUGCUCUUCGAAGGGGCCUUGUGAGAGGAGCAGAUCGUAUGGCUGAAUUCACCAGCAAGCGUGGCUCAAGGACUCACUACAAAGGCAGAGGGGCACAGCCAACAGGAGUACUGACCUCCAGCAGAAAAUUUGUUCCAGUACAGGCAAUGAUUCCUCAGUUUGUAGUGCCAAACUUAGAGGGAUUCAAACUCAAGCCCUACGUGUCGUACCGCACCCCGGCAGGAACGGAGCCCGCUGUCACCCCUGAGGGUCUGUUCUCUGAGACUGUGGCCCCACAGAUCCAGAAAGACUUUGAGGAAGGCUCCUUUGAUAAGGAACAGCUGGAGAAAUACGGGUUUGAACCCACACAGGAAGGAAAGUUAUUCAAGCUCUACCCCAAGAACUUUAUACGAUAAGUAGUCCACCAAAUCUGAUCCAUCUGGAACUCUGAGCGUUAAGGAUCAUUGACUUAUUUAGUUUGUGUUGGGAGGUCAGGAGGUUUUACUGGACCCUGGUGUAUUAUGAAUGUGCUUGCUGAAAGUACUAGCAUUAUGCACUUCUUAUUUAAACAUGUAUAUUAUGUUUUGGUCUUUUUUUUUUUUUAGACCUCAAUAUGCAUGUUGGCUACAGGCUAUUCGAAUGUAGUCGAGGUUUGCACUAAGCAAAAUCAUUGCUUAUUGCAAAAUGCUUACUUACGAGCCCUUAACCAACAAUGCCGUUUUUAAAAAUCCAGAUAAGCGAUAACAAUAAGUAAUUAAAGAGCAGCGGUAACAUAACAAUAGUGAGACUAUAUACAGGGGGGUACCAGUACAUAGUCAAUGUAA